AUGGGGGUGCAUGCACCUGGGCGCGUGGCAGUAAGCGUAAAUCAGUGUCUAACGACGCGCUCCCGCCCACCGGGCUCGCGGCUCCCCCGGCCGGCACGACCCCGGCCCGGGCUCCCGGUCGGCUGGCCUGCGCGGGGCCCUCUGCCCGCGUCGUCCCCGGGCCCAGGCAGAGAGGACGGCUCACAGGCUGUGGCCGGGCCUCCGGGCCCUCUCCGCGUCCCCAGCCUGGCCGGGCAGCUGGAACCGCGUUGGGAGAAGCCGCUCGCCGCGCCGUCUGCUUGGACAAACACGGCCGCGUCCCAGGACAGCGGUGCCACGGCUCUCGGGCCACGCCUGCGUGCCAGGCAGCCAGCUCGAAGCCCCACGGGGCUGGUGGGUCCUGAGGCCCGGCCCUUGGCCCCGGCGGGAGACGAAGCCAGCGGUGGGCUUGAACACAGACGCUCGGAGGGAGACGGGCCCUGCAGGAUCGCUGGUCCAGGCAUCUCCCACAGCAGAUGGGGAAACCGAGACUCCAGAGAAGGGGGGCACACGGCGAGGCCCCCCGCCUGGCCUGGGAGGGCACCUGCCCGUGGGCUAUUUCUGGCCCUGGCGUGGCCUGGGCCGCUGAAGGACACCUUGCUUCUCGGUCCUUCGGUGUCCUCCCGAGACAAGCCAGAAGGAUGCUUUCCCGGGGUGUUAUUGGGCACCUCCAGAAAGCGGCCGCGCCCCGACCCGCUGCCCAGGGGGCCCCUGCCUCCCCCUCAGCACCUCCCCAGCGCCCCAAUUUACGACGGGAAGAGCCGUCCCUGAAUCACUGCUCGCUUCUGCUUUGGGAUUGCACGACAUUCUCUAUGUACCCCAGCCCACCAUUUACUCACACCACUGGAGUGUGAAUUCCAUGAAUAAAUUGUAUUAUCUCGGGGGCUUCGGAUGACAAAAACAUGAAAGCCACGCCAGUCCA